GAGGUACCAGUGAAUCAAGGAUGCUCUCGCCAGGCUGUGCGUAGUGAGGAGGGCGAUGUAACAGCCAAACAGCGGCAGGAGCAGCGUUGUUCUCAGAAACAGUCACAUAAACAGCAGCCAGGGUAGGCCUCCUUCUGAAGCGGCAGACUGCAGCCUGAUGAAAUGCAAGGCUCUGAGGUUUGAAAAAUCUCUGGGGUUGAGCAUGGCUACUGUAAAAGCCUUGAUCAGAAACCCUGAUGAUUUGAACAGGCAAAACUCCACGUUAGCAAUAGCUUCUUCAGGAAGAGAAAUGCUACCUUUUCUAGAUUUUCUAGAUUUCUAGAUUUCUGCUAGUAGGCAGCCCCCUGAAAGAAGAUCUCAAAUUACCUGUAAGAAAAAAAUUUUAAAGGCAGUCAGAGAGAACAAAGUUUUGGCAUGCCUGCAAAAACAGCAGUGUGUAAAACCUACCUAGAAACAGCAGCUAAGUGUUGAUUUGCCCAUGACUCUUACCUGGGAGUGGAAGGUGGGAAGAAAUGGACAGUGGCCGUGACGAGAAGCUGAGGCACGGUGCCGCUUGGUGAAGCCACGCUCUGACUGCGUUCUGCCACCUCUUCAUGCAGUGCUGCGGGCUGGUACAUCGCCGGCGAGUACGGGUGUCCUAUGGUUCGGCAGACUCCUACACCAGCCGCCCAUCCGAUUCAGAUGUGUCUUUGGAAGAGGACCGGGAGGCAGUACGUAGAGAAGCUGAGCGGCAGGCACAGGCACAGUUGGAAAAAGCAAAGACAAAACCUGUUGCAUUUGCAGUUCGGACCAAUGUCAGAUACAGCGCAGCCCAGGAGGAUGACGUUCCGGUGCCUGGCAUGGCCAUCUCCUUCGAGGCAAAAGAUUUUCUGCAUGUUAAAGAAAAAUUUAAUAAUGACUGGUGGAUAGGACGGCUGGUUAAAGAAGGCUGUGAAAUCGGAUUUAUUCCAAGCCCAGUCAAACUAGAGAACAUGAGGCUACAGCACGAACAGAGAGCCAAGCAAGGGAAAUUCUAUUCCAGUAAAUCAGGAGGGAAUUCAUCAUCCAGUUUGGGUGACAUAGUACCCAGUUCCAGAAAAUCGACACCGCCAUCAUCUGCUAUAGACAUAGAUGCUACUGGCUUAGAUGCAGAAGAGAAUGAUAUUCCAGCAAACCACCGCUCCCCUAAGCCCAGUGCAAACAGUGUAACAUCACCCCACUCCAAAGAGAAAAGAAUGCCCUUCUUUAAGAAGACAGAGCACACUCCUCCUUAUGAUGUGGUACCUUCCAUGCGACCAGUGGUGCUGGUGGGCCCGUCUCUGAAGGGGUAUGAGGUCACAGAUAUGAUGCAAAAAGCACUGUUUGAUUUUCUAAAACACAGAUUUGAAGGGCGGAUAUCCAUCACAAGAGUCACUGCUGACAUCUCCCUUGCCAAACGCUCAGUAUUAAACAAUCCCAGUAAGCAUGCAAUAAUAGAAAGAUCCAACACAAGGUCCAGCUUAGCGGAAGUUCAGAGUGAAAUUGAAAGGAUUUUUGAACUUGCAAGAACACUGCAAUUGGUAGUCCUUGAUGCGGAUACAAUUAAUCACCCAGCUCAACUCAGUAAGACCUCUUUGGCCCCUAUCAUAGUGUACGUAAAGAUUUCUUCUCCCAAGGUUUUACAAAGGUUGAUAAAAUCUCGAGGGAAAUCUCAAGCAAAACACCUCAAUGUCCAGAUGGUAGCAGCUGAUAAACUGGCCCAAUGUCCUCCGCAGGAAUCAUUUGAUGUGAUCUUGGAUGAGAACCAGCUUGAGGAUGCUUGUGAGCAUCUUGCCGACUAUCUGGAGGCAUACUGGAAGGCCACCCACCCUCCCAGCAGUAACCUCCCCAACCCUCUCCUUAGCCGGACUUUAGCCACCUCAGCUUUACCUCUGAGCCCCACCCUCGCCUCUAAUUCACAGGGUUCUCAAGGUGAUCAAAGGCCUGAUCGCUCUGCUCCCCGGUCUGCUUCCCAAGCUGAAGAAGAACCUUGUCUGGAACCCGUCAAAAAAUCCCAACACCGUUCCUCCUCAGCCACACACCAAAACCACCGCAGCGGGACAGGUCGAGGCCUCUCUAGGCAAGAGACGUUUGACUCUGAAACCCAAGAGAGCCGAGACUCCGCCUACGUGGAGCCAAAGGAAGAUUAUUCACAUGAACAUGUGGACCGGUAUGUCCCACACCGCGAGCAUAACCACAGAGAGGAGACCCACAACAGCAAUGGCCACAGACACAGGGAGUCUCGCCACCGCUCUAGGGACAUGGGUCGAGACCAGGACCACAAUGAGUGCAUCAAACAACGAAGCCGGCAUAAAUCUAAGGAUCGCUACUGUGACAAGGAAGGGGAAGUAAUAUCCAAGAGAAGGAAUGAGGCUGGCGAGUGGAACAGGGAUGUAUACAUCCGCCAAUGACCGUGCGUGUCCCUGCCCCCAAGUCUUGUGUAUCAUCCUUAAGCAAAAUCUUUGGGGGUUACAUUGCAACCAUAUGUGAUUUGUCUUGUCUAUUUUGUAUUGCUGUUGCUUCAAUAGCAAUGGCAUGCAAUCAAGUAUUACUAUACAUUCUUUUGUAAGUACCACAGAAAUUGGCCUAGUACAGCUGCAGUCCUUCGUCUAUACCCUGAACUCUUCAAAAGCUGAUUGGGUAGCUGCCAUCUCAACAGAGUGGCUCCAGAAAUGUAGUGAAUAUAUCCAGUGAGCCAGAUGCAGCACAGAUAACAAGUGGGAUUUCUCCGUAUUUUUAAUACCCAGAUACCUGACCUGUCAUUCUUUCAUGGACCACUGUUUCUUGCUUGUACCUCUGGCUGACUAAAUUUGGGGAUAGAUUCAGUCUUGCCUUACACAAAGGGGAUUAUAAAGUUAGAAUCUAUUUUCUAUGUACUAGUACUGUGUACUGUGUAGACAGUUUGUAAAUGUUAUUUCUGCAAACACCUUAUUAUAAUUAUAUAUAUGUAUAUAUAAUUAUAUAUAUGCAUAUAAUUAUAUAUACAUAUAUAUACAUAUAUAUAUAUAUAUCAGUUUGAUCACACAAUUUUAGGGUCUUAAUGCCAAGUCAGCAGGUUUGCUUUAUGAAUCACAGGGACUAGAAAUGCCCACAUUCAGGAAAUUUCUAAUAUUGUCUAGAUACCUCUCCCUAUUCUAAGAGAGAGACUGUACAUACUGUAAAUACGUGUGAUUGCUUGACUUGAGGCUUGAUUUAUGAAUGUAAUCCCAUCCUUGUAAGUUUUUCAUUUUAACCAUAAAUUAUGGUCAAUGUAACCAAACUCCAGAGGUUUUUCUACUCCAUACAGUCCACACUGAUUGUGACAAACACAUUCUUAGCAGCUAGUGUCUGUUAUAGUCACCGCACUGGAGUAUCCAAGCGGAGCCCACCAUGUGCACAUGCGUGUGUGAGUGAGUGUGUGUGUGAGCGGCUGAGAUGAAGUGGAACUUGGAAGAUGAAUGCGGAAAGCAGAGGCUGCCGGCUGAGAGUUCGGCCCACCUGGCUCUGUACUUAACUGUGUUGUAUGUUGCUUUCAAACCCACUGAGCAGCCAGGGAAUGUGAGGAAGCUUGCUGCCAAAGGAAUGAAGGAAGCGCUCGGCUGCUGACGCCUAGCUUUUGCCCCUGAAGAGAGCAAACAUGGGCAUCUUGUACUGUGAGUGUUCCACUGGAAAUGGACAAUCUUUGUGUGUCAGAGUAUUUUGUUUUAGUAAGAAAUGUUUACACAGCUUGUGCAAUUAUUUCGUAGGGAAAUAAAUUUUUAUAACUUGUCCCACUUUCCUUUCUAAACGUGCCUAUUGCUCCUGUUGUUUAUCCUCAGCCACCCACUCUUCCUCGCCCAGCACCAACCUGAGCAGCUACACUGUCUGUCAGAAUCUAGAAGUGCUUCUUAUAACCAAAGUUCCUGCUCAAGCUUCAGAAGUUAUCAGGGCAAAAUGGAAUGACUUGAAGCAAAAAAGUUGAAACACUCUCUUACAGGACACAUCUCUGAAGGAGAUCCUAGAAGACACUUUCUUCUUGCCUCAAUUUGCCUGUGUUAAGAAGCUUAGACUAUACAAUAGCCAAGACUAUACAAUCUCUGUCUCUCAAGAGUCCAGUGCUGAUGGAUAGAUAGGUAAGACUGUAUUAGCCGCAAGAGCCCCUAGCAUUCGAAGUCUUUCACAGGCAAAUGUCUGCCUGUGAUUACCCAACCAGAUUGGGAUAUUACUAACAAAUCAUGGUUGCAAUAAAUAUAUUUUUGUUUUGUUU